CCUGAAUCUUCUAUCCUUGUAGAAUCUAUAUAACAUGCAAGCUAUAAACAAUACUCGAUUUCACAUUAUGAAUACGAGGAUUAGAGAUUAUGCCUAUUAAAUGUAGAAAAAUAUGCAUCCUAGGAUUCAGAUCUGUAGGCAAAACUUCACUUAUACAACAAUAUCUUAAUGGAAAUUUUGCAUUCAAUUAUGAUCCAACAAUUGAAAAUACGUAUACAAAAAUUCUCAAUAUCAGAGGUCAGGAAUAUGAAGUGAAUUUUAUUGACACUGCAGGACAGGAUGAUACAUCACUCUAUGCACAAUCAUAUUUCUUAGGUUCACAUGGCUAUAUCAUAGUUUAUUCAAUAUCCAAUUUGAAAAGCUUUGAAGUUGCUUCUCAUAUAUAUGAGAGAAUUCUACGCAUGACAGGAAAGAUACAAAACUUAAAUCCAGACCUCGGAAGCAAAACCGCCAGUUUACCCCUUUCAAAUAAACGUGAUAAAUUUACUUCUAAUUUUGCUCACACGCCACUAGUAUUAGUUGGAAAUAAAAUGGACCUCAACUCUCAAAGAGUAAUCAGUAGAGAUAUGGGGAAAACACUUGCAGAUUCAUGGGGUGCCGUAUUUUUCGAAUCAUCCGCUCAACUUAACAAAGGAUACCAAUUUUUAGAGGCCGAUCCGAUAUUAAAUUGAUAUCGGCCGUUUACCGAUCCGGUAGCAUAUCUAAUUUUGCAUUGUAAAGAUACUAAUGAUUUUAAUUUUUAAUAUACUUCUUAUUAGUAUAACAUCUAUAAUUUAACUCUACCAUAACUUAUGUCAUUUGAGUAUAUUAUAAUGAUCAGUUAUAUUUUAUAUUCAAUUUAAUUGCAACUAAAAGUAUAUAAAAUAUUUUUAUUGUUAAAUCACUUUUAUAUAACAUUAAUUUAUAUACAUAAUAAGUAAUAAACAAAUAAAUAUAUGAUGAAAUUUGAAAUAAAUAAUUAAAAUAAUAUUUAACAUUAAUAUAUCGAAGAUUUAUUUUUAGAAAUACAAAAUUUCAAAUUUCUGCGACGAUGGUAACUGUCAAUAUCACCAGCUUCACUAAAAAGAGAUUAUCGCCCACUUUUAUAAACAGAAUGCGCAAAAAAAAUAAUAAUAUGGCAGAAUGUUUA